GUCCGAGAGCUUUGCCGACCAGGUCUUCGACCUCUUAGACCCCUCAGGUACUGGCAAGGUAGAUUUUGGCGAAUUCCUGAUGCACUUUGACGAAGUGCUCACACCUGCACACCGCAGGGUAGAACGGGCGCCCGUGAUUGGUCUAGCUGAUCUCGGAAG